GGUUUUAAACCAUCGCGCCAGUCGAAGUGACUUGAUCCGCGCUAGACACGCUCCUUUUAGCGGAAAUACAAAUCCUAAAAAUACUAAUUGGGUAGUUUCGGUGGCGAGACCUUCACUUCCGCGAUUUGUGUAUGUGAAAGUGCAGUUUGCGGUCUUUAAGGAUGACUUCUACCAACGAGCAUUUGCCUCAACCUCCAAAACAAAGAAUUUCCCCGCUGGAAUUCCGUAAUACCGAUUUGGUAUCGAGACUUUUGGCUGCAACUCCACCGUAUCUAUACAACAUGUCGUUACUUCCAAACACUUACUUCUUCAGUGAAAUGCUGAGAUCGUUCGUACAAGCUAAAGCAGAAAGAUCGCAGUCGUUUCAUCCUCCGAUAAGAAGAUCGAGAAAAAGAAAUUGGACAACGUCGAGGACAGAAUGUUUCCUUAAGCCUCCGAACGAAUCCAAAUCGGAAGAGGUGGUUCAACAAGAUAAUUCAAUUGAUUGGAUGUUGAAGAGUAAUAAGAAAACUGAGGAAAAUCCUCUGGAACUCACUAUGAACAAAGACGUAACUGAAUAUUUUCAAAAUAAAACUGAAAAUUUCAACAAAAUCGAACAAAAUAAUCCCGAGGUUUAUUCUAAUAUGCAUCACAACAUCUCCCAAGAUAAUCCUCAAAAUUUAGUUUUACCUCCACCUCCGCCUAUGUGGUAUCCUCCUCUAUAUCCAGCGCCUCCUUACGGCAUAGAUCCGCUGCAUUUUUUCAUAGAUCUCCGAGUUUCAGGUCACAUAUACGAUAAAAAGAAUAACAAAGAUAACGAAACUCUAACUAGCGAAAAUUCAUCGAAAGAUAAAAUUCCGCAUACGGAAGUUUCAAAUUUCGAUUCAGAAUCAAUUACGAGUUCCUUUAAACAAACAAGAAAUUGUUCGGCAUUCUCAGUACCAGUACCAAGUGGUAGUAAAUCAACGAACCCCAUAAAUCUAUCGGAAAAAGAAACUAAAUCUACGAAAUUCGAUGUAAAAUCCAUGGGAUUUGAUAAAACUACAAAUAAAACAAGCACCAACUAUGUUAUGUCGAACAUAACGAACAUUUAUAAAAAUAUAAACGGAUCUAGAAAUGAUAAUAUCGAAAUUAAAGAAGAAAACGAAGAAAAGAAAGUUAGAGAUUUGAGAGCUGUUAUUGGUUUGGAAUUAGUUGUUGACUAUAUGAAACAGAAGCCCGAAAAACAUACAAAUGACGAAUCUUCCGUUUCUUCCGAUAUAGAAUCCGUGGGGAGUCCGACGUUAGAGGUUGUAGACGAAAAUUAGGGAUAUCUUAUUGGGAUAACCAGAUUCUACAGGAAACAUCAAAACUCUUUUUAGGAAAAUCACAACUUUCAAACUAUUUUUUGGAGAGGCGAAAUUCGCACAAUUUUAUAGGUGAAUUUUUUAUUUUUUGGAAGAAGAAAUGCAUUUUUAAACUACAAAAUCAUAUCACAUAUACUACGUUCAUUAUUAUACAGGGUAUAUCACGAUGAAUUGAGUCAACAUUUACGUACGACUUCCGGUUAUAACAUUAACAAGCUUCAGGCGUUAUUCAUAGAAAUUAUGGUAAAUUUUGACCUGACUAUUCGUUUAAUGGAGGACUGAAUCAAAAUUCUCAAAAACAAACUGUCAGGAGUUAUCAUAGAAAAUAUAAUUUGAUUUUUUUUAAAAAAAUACUACCAGUAUUUUUUGAUCAUUGUAAGGGUGGUUUCAAAAGUUCGUAGACUAGCAAAUAUUUUUUUUUUCAUAGAAUUUGAUGUUAUUAUUCAAUAUAGUUGCGUUACAAUGAUUCAAUACCAUUCUUUUGGUACGAUUUGUUUUCAGCCUCAAAAUAACCUCCAUUUGCACCACCACAAAUAUUUUUUGCCCAGCGAGCAUCCUCUUGAGAUCCGAGAGCAGGGGAAAGUAGCUGGGGUCUAGAUCUGGACUAUAGUGUGGAUUUGGAAGCCUAAUUCAUACAAUUUUCUCAUUAUUUUCAUUGAUUUGUGACACGUUGCAUUGCCUUGAUAUAACACUUUGAAUUGAGCUUCCAUAUACCCAAAUAUUCAUUCCAGGUAUGUCCAACACGUUCCUUUAGAUUUUUAGCGUCUUCAUUUCGACGAUAGCCUCGAUUUAUUAACACACGAAAAUAUUUUUCAUUCAAUUUCACUCAAAAUAGUUGUCAAAUAUAUAAACGUGAUUUUUGAAGGCUAGCGUUAACUACAAAUCAUACGGGUUUAAUAUUUGUAGCGUCAUCUAUGUGUCUAGUCUACGAACUUUUUUAUCGGUUAAUAGUUCAUCGUUUUCGUUAUGUUUUGUAAAUAAUAUUAAUCGGUUGCUGAAAAUAAAGUGUAAUUUUAAUCUAGUCAAUAUUUAUUUGUAAAAAUAAAUGGUACUUGGAAAAUUU